CACUGCAGUUAUUAAGUUAGUGACACAAUUGUUCAGCGAAUCUGGCUUUCCCAUUGACUUUGCUUGUUAAGAAAGUUAUGAAAGAGGAUCACUUUACUACAGGCCACCGCAACAGUCAUAAACAUGAAUCAGUUUCUAAGCAUCUGAUUUUUUAUCACAAGACCAUGGGGAUACUGCAAUGGUGAUAAGUGUGAAAAAUGGUCACAAGCCACUUUUUCCAAUGCUGUUGUAACUUUGAACAGUCACUAAAUGAACUGUUGUAAGUCGAGGACUACCUGCAUGAAGACAAAUUUCUUUGAGAACAAGAGGAAGGGGAGCUGCACCCCAAUGUUAAUUGAUCCCUGAUUCUGUAUUCCCCUGUAGUAUUAUUCUAAGUGGAUGUUUGUAUAUUUCUUUUUUUUCUGACUUAAUUUUUUUUCUCCACUAAGCUUUAUGGAAGCAUAUUACCUUUCUUCCACUACAGGCAAAGUUUCAUGUUCUCUGGAGAGGAGACAGCCCAUCAUUUAAAGUGAUUCAAGUUGUAGUCUUUCUCCCAGAAAUGACCAUUGCUUUCUAAAUCUAACAGAGCCUUCGAUUUCAUUGGAGUAGCAUUUCAGCACAGAGAAAAAUGGUGUCACACAACAAAGCAGGGGAAGAAGAAGAAAGGUCCCACAUUGUCCUGGUUGGGACUAAUGGGAAAUCCUGGGAAAGAACCAAUUACAAAGUCUUGGAAGAAGAAACUACCAGUUGGCUGAUACAGCAUCUCCAGUUCAGAGAGUUUUGCUACCAAGCUGAGGGGCCCAGAGACGUUUGCAGCCAACUUCACCACAUUUACUGUCAAUGGCUGAAACCGGAGAAGCACACAAAAGCUCAGAUGCUGGACCUGAUGGUCCUUAAGCAGUUCCUGGCCAUCCUACCCCCAGGAAUUGAGAGCUGGGUUCGGGAGUGUGGAGCAGAGACUUGUUCCCAGGCGGUGGCCCUUACGGAAGGUUUUCUCCUGAGCCAGGCAGAGGAAAAAAAGCAGAGAGAAUUGCAGAUUAAGGGGGUUUACAGGGAGAUGACCAUGGAGCCCUCCAAAUGGGUGGAUACAUCAUGCCCCCUUAAGGAACCUGUUGGGAGGAUCUGCCAGGAGACUCCAUCUCAGAGCAUAUCAGCAGAUAACAGAGCAACUUUGAUGGUACCUUUAGAAUCAUCUCUGAUUUAUGGUGUAGCAGGAACAGCUAUUGAGCUUCAAACUCAGAAUCCCAUAUCUUUUGAAGAGGUAGCUGUAUUUUUCUCUAAGGAGGAGUGGGCUCUGCUGGACUUGGACCAAAGAACUCUUUACAGAGAGAUCAUGAUGGAAAUUUCUGGGAACCUAGCCUCCAUGGGUGAUGGACAGGAGAAUGAGGAUGAUAAAAAACAAGCUGUGGAGAUUUCCAGAAGAGCCAAAAUAAAAACUGAGGAAGAGAAAUUUGGAAAUCAGCAGGGACCAGAAAUGAAAGAAGAAAGCCAGUUCAGCAGUUGGGUGGAGAAAUCCCCUACUUCUCAAUGUGCAGAAAUCCAUAUCUUUCUGACCCAAGAUGAGAAAGAAAAAACUUGUACAAGGUGUGGCAAAAUAUUCAGAGAUAAAUCAAAUUUGUGUGAAUAUUGCAAAACUCAAAAUAAAGAGAAGCAUUAUGAAUGUACAGAAUACGGGGAAAGUUGCGACUGGAGCUUUCCUCAUACAUUACAUCAAAAUAUCCAUAUUGGAGAAAAACCUUAUAAAUGCACCGAGUGUGGAAAAAGCUUUGGGUGGAAUUGUCGCCUUAUGUCACAUAAGAGGAUCCAUUCAGGAGAAAAACCAUAUAAAUGCUUGGAAUGUGGAAAAAGCUUUAGUGGUUUGAGUUCAUUUAGUUCCCAUAAAAGGAUUCACUCAGGAGAGAAACCAUAUAAAUGCCUGGACUGUGGAAAGAGCUUCAGUAUGAGCAGUAAUCUUACAUCCCACAAGAGGACCCACACUGGAGAGAAACCAUACGCAUGCCUGGAAUGUGGAAAGAGCUUUAGUACUAGUAGUUCACUUAUUUCCCAUAAAAGGAUCCACACGGGGGAGAAACCGUAUAAAUGCUUGGAUUGUGGAAAAAGUUUCAGUAUGAGCAGUAACCUCACAUCUCAUAAAAGGAUUCACACGGGAGAAAAACCGUAUAAAUGCCUGGAUUGUGGAAAGACCUUUAGUAAAAGCAGUUACCUAACUUCUCAUAAAAACAUCCACACAGGGGAGAAACCAUAUAAAUGUAUGGAGUGUGGAAAAAGCUUCAAGGGACUGAGUUCAUUUAUUUCCCAUAAAAGGAUCCACACAGGAGAGAAACCAUAUAAAUGUGAGCAGUGUGGAAGGAGCUUCCGUAAGAGUGAUAAUCUUACUUGCCAUAUGAGAAAACACACAGGGGAGAAGCCUUAUAAAUGUACGGAGUGUGGCAAGAGCUUCAGUACCAGUAGUGAUAUUACUUCCCACAAAAGGACUCACUCAGGGGAGAAACCAUACAAAUGUCUGGAAUGUGGAAAAAGCUUUAGGGGCCUGAGUUCCUUUACUUCUCAUAAAAGGAUCCACUCAGGGGAGAAACCAUAUAAAUGUAUGAAAUGUGGAAAAUGCUUCAGUAUGAACAGUUCUCUUAUUUCUCAUAAAAGGAUUCACACAGGAGAGAAACCAUAUAAAUGUGAGCAGUGUGGAAGGAGCUUCCGUAAGAGUGAUAAUCUUACUUGCCAUAUGAGAAAACACACAGGGGAGAAGCCUUAUAAAUGUACGGAGUGUGGCAAGAGCUUCAGUACCAGUAGUGAUAUUACUUCCCACAAAAGGACUCACUCAGGGGAGAAACCAUACAAAUGUCUGGAAUGUGGAAAAAGCUUUAGGGGCCUGAGUUCCUUUACUUCUCAUAAAAGGAUCCACUCAGGGGAGAAACCAUAUAAAUGUCUGGAAUGUGGAAAGAACUUCAGCAAGAGUGAUCACCUUACCUCUCAUAAAAGGAUCCACACAGGAGAGAAACCCUAUAAAUGUCUGGAAUGUGGGAAAAGCUUUAGUGGCUUGAGUUCCUUUAAUUCCCAUAAAAGAAUCCACUCAGGGGAAAAACCGUAUAAAUGUAUGGAAUGUGGGAAGAGCUUUAGCAUGAGUGGCGCUCUUACUUCACAUAAAAGGAUCCACACAGGAGAGAAACCAUACAAAUGCUUAGAGUGUGGAAAGAAUUUUAGUCAGAGUAGUUCGCUGAAUUAUCAUAAAAGGAUCCAUACAGGGGAAAAACCAUAUAAAUGUGUGGAAUGUGGAAAGAGCUUCAGUAUGAGCAGCUCUCUUACUUCCCAUAAAAGGAUCCACUCAGGGGAAAAAUUGUUCAAAUGCUUAGAGUGUGGAAAGAACUUCAGUCAGAGUAGUUCGCUGAAUUCUCAUAAAAGGAUCCAUACGGGAGAAAAACCAUAUAAAUGUGUGGAAUGUGGAAAGAGCUUCAGUAUGAGUAGCAACCUUACUUCACAUAAAAGGAUCCACUCAGGGGAAAAACUGUACAAAUGCUUAGAGUGUGGAAAGAACUUCAGUCAGAGUAGUUCGCUGAAUUCUCAUAAAAGGAUCCAUACGGGAGAAAAACCAUAUAAAUGUGUGGAAUGUGGAAAGAGCUUCAGUAUGAGCAGCAACCUUACUUCCCAUAAAAGGAUCCUUGGGGAAAAACUGUACGAAUGCUUAGAGCAUGGAAAGAAUUUCAGAUGGAGCAGCCGUUUGAUUUCCCAUAAGCAGAUCCACUCAGGAAAAACUUAUCAGUGUCUGGAAUGUGGAAAAAGUUUCAGUGGCUUGAGUUCCUUUAAUUCCCAUGAAAGGAUUCAUACUGGGGAGAAAACAUACAAAUGCAUGGAGUGUGGAAAGAGUUUCAUUAUAUCAUCCCAGUCAAAUGAUUGUCAGAAUGUAUUUGAAAAACUCCAGGGAUAGAACACCCCCAAUUCUGGGAGGCAAGCUACUUGAUUAAUUGUUCUCAGUCAGGAAAUUUCUCCUUACUUCUAGAUUGGAUCUGCAUUUAAGAUUACUUCUUGUUCUGCUCUCUGGUGCUGUUGAGAAUAAGUUCCCCUCUUUUGUGUAACAGCCCCUCAAGUACUAGAAGUCAGCUGUCAUGUUACCCCUAGUCCUCUUCAUUAGCAUACCUAGCUUCCUAAACUGUUCAUGACAAAUUAGCCUCCAGACUCUUUAUCAUCUUGCUCUACUUUGCAUAAUUUGUAGGGUCUCGUUGCCUUUUUUGUAUCAUGGUGAACAAUACUGGAAGCAGUGUUUUAGGUGUGGCCUCACUAGUGCAGUAUAAAGUGACUAUCACUUUAUAUGAUUUUGAUUAUUCUCUCUGUUGAUGCAGCGAAGGACUGCACUGGCUUUUUUGGCAGCUGCUGGACAUGGCUGACUCAUACUUAAGUGGUGGUCCACUCUUAGAUCUCUUUCAGUUACUGCUGUUAAAACCAGGUACCAGCUAUUUUUGUACCUAUGCAUUUGGUUUUUCCUGCCUAAGUGCAGGACCUUACCUUUUCUCACCACUGAAUUACACCUUGUUGGAUAGGGCCCAACGCUCGAGUUGAUCUUCUAAAAUAUUAGCAAUUCCCCCCAGAUUGAUGUCAUAUGCAAAUUUGAUAAGUUUGUCUUCUGCCCCCUCUUCUAGCUCAUUUAUGCAGAUAUCGAAGAGUAUUGGCCCAAGAUAGAACCAUGAGGUACCCAACUAUAUGACCAUGGUGGCUAGAUUAGAUAUAGUAGGCAGGAGCUUAUUGAUGGACUGUUAUGGUGAAAUGAUGUAUUUUGCAUCAUAAUGAAUGGUAAGUAAUUGAGCAACAAUAAAGGUUGUUUCCAUCUAUCUUGGGAAGUAUAGCACCCACCUACUUAUCAGUCUAGGAAUUAAUACAUUGAUUUUUAAGAGGCAAAGUAUCAUAAUGGAGGAAUCCUACCUUGAAAAUAACAAAUUAAAUCUUUUGUUUGAAACCUUGAAUUGGAUCAGCUUCAUAAUGGUCCCUAUAUUUCUCUAAGCCUUUUAUCAUCUAGUGCAGGACUUUGGACUGAAUAUGCCACUUUUGUUUCAAAUUUUCACUCUUUUUUUUUAAAAUGCAUUGUAUUAAAUGUUAAUAAUUUAUGUGAUAUAAACAUAGUAAAAGUUGUGAUUAGUAUAUGGUACAAAUGUAUGCUUUUGUGUUUUUAUUUUGCACAGAGAAAAAUAUAGAAAUAAAGUUUUA